AUGGCUCACCUAGCACAUAACCAAAUGCCCAACCUAGCACUUAACCAAACGGCUUACCUACCACCUAACCAAAGUGCUCACCUAGCACGUAACCAAAUGGCUCACCUAGCACAUAACCAAAGUGCUCACCUACCACCUUCCUCCUCCACUACCACCCCUCCAACUCCAUCCCCUCCCCCAAACACCGACCAACUGCCGCCUCCCAAGACCGUCAGGGAAAUGCUCUUCUGGCUGGUUGGAAUGACUCAAUAUGGGUAUGUUGAGAUUAUUAAGGAGCAUGUUGCAGACCUUUUAAGGGAGUAUAACAAGGAUGCUUCCCAGCCCUCAGAUGCCCUCGAGGUCACCAGGGAACCUUACAACCUGACCGCUUCCCAUGUCUCUCAGACUCUGACCGAGGCGUGUCUCUACUCGGCGAACGUACUCUACAAAUUAAGGCAUAUUAAUGUGUCAAAAGACUUUCAGACAUUUUUCAAGGAUAAAGAAAAAUAUGCCUUUUAUUACUCCGACGACCCCGCCCGCCUCCUCUGCCAGCUGCGGGACUACGUGUACGCCUGCUGCCACCAGUUGGAGUUCCUAAGGUCUCAGUGUUCUUGGAACACCAAGGACGGUGGUUGGCAGGAAUGUCAGUACGGCAGUGAUAUCAAGACUCCGUCCCCCCUCCAGGCCUUUCUGACUGACGCUUCCGCCUCCAAGUUCGAGACACAUCCCUUCGACCCGUGCAACAUCUGCCGCAAGAGCCGUGUAAACAUGGGAUUCAGGGAGAAGGAUUUACCUGAAUCUAAGCAAACUGGAAAGUCUAUUUCCACCAUCCUUACUCCGUCCUGCGGCGGCGAGGAUCCGCUGCUGACGCUGGCCUCCUACCUCAACUGCCUCACCAGGCGGACGCCGCGCACCACCGGGGAGCUCGUAUCAUUCUUCCACAAUUUCGGGAAUGAACUGCACUUACCAUCUUCAAAGUUGUCUUCACUUGGCUCCGCCCUCUCCAGUCCACAUUACGACUGCCCCGACUGGGACUUUCUUGGGGAGGAAGAUCUCCAAGUCAUCAGGGAAGCCCGAGGCUCCGCCACUCACAACUCCAUCCACGACCACGACAAGGACCAUCCCGAGACUCUGUCCACGCUGCUUGGAUGCGAGGUUAACAACGUCCACUGCAGUCCACAUUGUUCGCCCAUCACCUACCGGGCCUACGCCCUGUACUCUUCCAGCUUCGCGCACCACUACCUCAGCUGGACGGUUCACCUACCAGACAGACUACACGAGUCACUUCUCAGGCUGCACUAUGAUCUCGAGAAGCUUCAAUGUCACGCCGCCAAGCCCCUCAACCAGUGUGACAAGGCCAUGCCCCUCCUCUACUCUCACGGGUUCACGCCGCCGGACGGGGCACUGCAGCCGUCACUCACGUGUUCGGACGUCAUCACCAAGCUGGAAGAAGUGGUCGCCGGAGAGCCUAUCGCAGGCCUCAUGACCGCCAUGGACACAUUCCUGUACAAUAUCAGGAUGCCCUUCCUCUUCGCUAUCAUAGCGCUCUGGCUCAUCGCCACGCUCUACAUAGCACACACGAUGCUCUACCGCAUGGACGUCCUCCGCAUCCGCUCCCACCUUCUCACCACCAGGGCCUCCCACCUCAUCGACGUCAAGGCGCUGCUCGCCGGAAGCCGCAGGAUGCUCUCACUCUACAAGGACGUCGAUUACUUCGACGAUGACUUUCACUCGUGA